AUGAUAAAAAUUUUAAUAUUAGGUUCAAGUGGAUUUAUUGGAUCAGAAAUUUCAUUAGGAUUAGUUAGAAAUGGUUAUAAAGUUUACGGUUUAACUAGAAAAGAAGAAAGUGCAAAUCAAUUAUUAAAGAAUGAAAUUAUUCCAAUUAUUGCAGAUGCAAAACAAGUUGAAAAAUGGUUACCAAUUGCUUUAAAAGUUGAUAUUAUUAUUGAUACAAUUGCAGAUUUAGUUGAUUUUACAACACCAUUUAUUGUUCAAGAUGCUUUAUUAAAAGUUCAUAAAGAAAAACCAAAUACAAUCUUUAUUUAUACAUCUGGUUCAACAAUUUAUGGUAAUUGUAAAACUCUAUCAAAUGAAUCUUCUCCUUAUUUCUCUCAUAAAUUUAUUGAUUGGAGAGUUCAAAUUGAAAAAACCUAUAAUGAAAUGGGUGCAAUCAUCAUUCAACCAACCAUUCUCUAUGGAAAGAAUCAAUCAUUUAGUGGUUAUUUCUUUGAAGCUGCAACCAAAUCAAAUGAUUCUAUUAAAAUUUAUGGUGAUGAAAAUUUAGUUCAAGGUUUCAUUCAUAUCUUUGAUCUUGUUCAUUUUUAUCAAUUGGUUGUUAAAAAUGCUUUAUUAUUAAAAGGUCAAACUUUAAUUGCAAAUUCUUUUAAUGAAAAAAUUAAAGAUAUUGUGACUUCAAUUGCUUCCAUCUCUGGUAAUUCAAAUAAAACAAUUCAAUAUAUUCCAAAAUCAAAUGAUAAUGUUUUCACUGAAGUUUUAACUUUUAAUCAAAAUUUUUCAUUUUCAAAAUCAAAUUUAUUAAUUGGUUAUUAUCCAUUACAACCAAGAUUAAUUGAUGAUAUUGAACGUUAUUAUAAUUCUUGGUUAUUAUCAAAAGUUAAAAAUACACCAAUUUCAAAUUUAAUUGAAUCAGUUUUACCUUAA